AUGUCCACCAUCCCGAAGCACUUCGGACUGACAGCCCGAGAAGAAUCGUAUAUGUUUAAAGAGCUUGAGAAGAUUCGCCAGGAAUCCAAAAAGGAAUAUCACCAGUUCAAGCAGAAGUUGGCUGACAGGCCGCUUUUUGGUGCAAGUUCUGAGGAUGACCUCGAGGAUGACCAGGACCAGGAGGCUCGCCCACGCAGUGCCAGAGCAAAGGGAAAAGUGUCCUGGGCUGCCAAGCCAUCGUCCUCGUCGACAAGGGUGCAGAGCCCAGAGCGCCCCGCCGAGGCCGACCUGCAGGGGGCGCCGCAGAGCACGCGGCGCGGUCCCGAGAAGCCCGAACCCUUCAGCCCGCGGGACUUCUACCUGCGGAGCUCGGCGUUCCUGCGGUACGGUCCCCCCAAAGCACCUCCAGUCAUCGCCCGGCAGGCGGGCACCGCCAGGCCCGCGCUCCUGCUGCGGCCGCGCUCGCGUCUCAAGAGGCGGCACCCCAAGAGCCGGAGCGAGCCGGUGUCUAAGGGCGCGUUCCCCCUGAGCCACGUGCACGAAGCCCGGGUGCUCGGCUUGGUUCGCACCCGCUACCGCUACCGACAUGCCAGCUCCUUGUCCAGCCUGGGCAGCGACUUCGACGAUAGCGGACGGCUGCGCAGGAUGCGGAUCCACACCUACUACCUGCGCGAGGGCAUGGGCGGUUCUCGGUGGAUCAGGCCCUCGUUCAGAAACGUGCGCGAAGGGAGCUCGACCAACCAGGGGUCCUGGCUCCCGCAGCCGACACGCUUUUUCCCCACGAGCAUAGAGGAGAUCAUCGCCUCUCUGCAGUCCGAGGCCCAGCUGGCUGCAGACCAGACCAUCAAGGAACUCAUCCAGAGCAUCCUGGGCCAGAACUACGACCUCACAAUGGAAGGUAUUUCUUUGAUGGAACAAAUGUACCUCAGACCACCUCAGUCACAAACACCUGAGAUAAAAGAGGAGAGAGAGUCACAGGAAAAUUUGAAGGAACGGCCAACCACGCAAAAUAUUUAUGAGGAGCUUCCUGAGGCCGUGUCCAGCAUCUUCCAGAUUGAACAGGAGGAUAUUAUGGAUUGGGGAGCCAUAGGAGAAAAGAACUUAGCGUUUAAGUCCCAGGAAGCAUUAGAAAUCGUGCCACUGGAGGACUUCAGCAAGCCCUUGGAAGCUGGUCGUCCCUCAUUUGAUGCGAAAUCAGGCAGACGGUCAACUAUACAAGUGAGAUCUUCAGAAUUAUUGCAAAUCAGAGGAAGAGAAGUCAAACGAUCACAAAAAAGUAAACCAGUUGUUAAGUCAUUGAAACCAAGAAAGACUGUAAGAUCUCAGGAGGAUAAAAAACUAAUUAAAAAAAUCCCACAGGCUCAUCCCAUUCCUCAUCUUCAUGACCUGUGUGCCACACUCCCAGCUGUGGAGCUGCCUGUGGAUCUGUGCCUGGCUUCUCGAGCGUACCACACCCCCAACAGAACAGGUCACAAGGCCAUGCUUGGGCUAUUGGGAACAACACUCUUAGAUGAUUGCUGCUUAGAUGAACAGCGAGAUAGAAUACUGUAUGGUUUUCCUGUUGAGAAAGAGAAAUACAGCAGCGUUCCUCCGGUUCCACCAGAGGAAUUCCCUGAAUUGGUGCACACAAGUCAAUGGCAAGCUCACCAACCAGACCUGCAGCUCUCAGGAGAAGAAGUAUCUGCAUAUCCAGGAGCUUCAAAGAUGUUUUGGAAUCUUACUGCACCCAAAUUCGCGAUUCCAGAAUCAACAAUGAGGGAAGCAUUAUAUGCGAAAUACGAGAGUGCUCAGACAAGCAGAAUUUUAACUGAGAAAAUUUCUGAAAGCAAGGAAAGUGUGGUUAUUUUGGAUACAUAUACCAGAAGAAGUUUUAAGUCUUUAAUAAUAAAAAAGUCUGCAUCAUAUGAGAAUAUCCAAAAAUAUUCCAGUGCACCGUACACACGAUUAAAGAGAUCAAACUCUACUGUUGAGUUGCAGAAAGAAGGGACCCUACCCCCGUUUAUAGUUAAGGAUGACAUCGACAGCAACCUGAAGCAGCUGCUGUUCCAGAAGAGGAAGGAGCUGGAGCGCCAGCUUGCCAAGCAAAGGGGGAUAUUUUAUCCCUCCAUAAAAUGCAGCCUGGAAACCAUGAAUGAGUCAGACAGCUUGAAAUGCCUGUCAUUUUCUCUUGUUGAAGCAUCAAGAAAAGCUGGCAUUACCUACAUUGUGUAUCCCAGUAAAAAGAAGAAGAUAUUGAGGAAAGGAAAGAAAUUCCAGAAGCUUGGUCUUGUGUAUGAGCAGCUCUCCAAGCCUCCAAAGAAAUUAAAAAGAUCGACAUCUCACGGAGUACUUCCUGAGCAGAAAAAGUUUUUCCUUAAAGUUCCAUUAUACGAACGUCAAAUAAGGUCUCCCAGUGUACCCGUGGUUUUAAAUUUUGAUCAAUUUGUUCAAAGUAAAGGAGGAAUACCAGAAAAUACUGAUCCUCGGACAUGGGCUAUCGAGAUCUUCGCUAAAGACAAACCUCAGAAAAUACCUGCACCAGUUACAUAUGUUCAGAAAGAAGUUCCCGAGCCAGUGAUAGAACUCCCCAAGUUGGAAUUAUCUGAUCAUAUCAAGUGUGACCUUCCCCCAGAUGUCAUUAAAUAUUAUGAAUCAGAAGUGGAGUGGUUGACUCAAGAAAUAAAAAAUGAGAAAAGAUUUCCUGUGUUUGCCUAUUGUCGGCGUGGAGCUAUUUACAGAAAACUGGGAAAGUUGCAAAGCGCUAUGAAUGAUUUACAAGAAACCAUAUUUUUGGAGCCAUUGUUUCUCAAUGCCUAUUGGCACCGACAUUUCAUUUAUCUUUUCCAAGACAAAAUCAAUGAUGCUUUGGAUGACUUGAAUUUUAUACACAGAUAUAAUAAAAACCAUGCAGAGGCAUAUUUGUCAAAGGCAGAGAUUUUCAGAGAGAAGAAGGAAAUCACACUGGCAAUUCUGAAUUACAGUCAGGCAAUCAAGUGCAGACCCAAAGACGCUGAUCUCUAUUUCAAGAGGGGGGAGAUGUAUGAGAAGACAAACAGAGUGCUGGCCAUUGAUGACUAUUCGAAAUGUAUUUACUAUAAUCCCAAGAGAACAGAUGCCUUAAUGAAGCGUGCAAUAUAUUACUUUGAAAAUGAAAACUGGAUUGGAACCAUACAUGAUUUUACAGCUCUGCUAAAACUUGAGCCCCAAAAUUCUCAUGCAAGGACAAUCCGAGGGAGAGCAUAUUUUAAAAGGAGUUUAUAUAAACAAGCCACCCAAGACUUUUCUGUUGCCAUCCACUUAGAUCCUAACAAUUGGUUAGCGCUGUUCUACCGAGCCUGCUUGUUCAGGAAGACUAAUCCGCUCAGAGCGCUGCAGGAUUACAGUGUGUCAGCUCUCAUAAAUGACGGCUAUGAUAAUCUUAACUGCUUUCUACAUCGGGGCAUACUCUAUACACAACUAAAACUUUGGAUGUUGGCAAUUUGUGAUUUUGAAACUGUUAUUUCUCUGGAAAGAACUGCUACUUUGGCUUAUGUGAAUAUUGGCCUCAUCUAUCUGUUCCACCUGGAUAAUUACACUGAAGCCUUUUGGCGAUUCUCUGAGGCAAUCCGAGUUGAUCCUUUAUAUAUUCAAAGCUAUAUUUGUAGAGCAGAAACCUAUUAUAAGCUGCACAAACUGAAAAAGGCAGUAUAUGAGCUAUCUCGUGCCAUCCACCUCCAGCCAGAUGCAAUCCAGUUAUAUAUAAUAAGGGGACAGUACCUUCUAAUGAUGAAGUGUUAUGAUCUUGCAAAGUUCACUAUUUAUCAAGUAGCAGAAAUGAACAAAGGUCUCAUUGAGCUGACACCAAUACAGCAAGCGCUCAUUUACUCCUUUUGUGAAAAUCACGACAAGGCUAUUAGCAUCUUGGAGGGGGUCACAGUCAAUAGACCAGAGAUCUCCACUUUUGCUCUCUUGGCAAAAGCCCAAAUGAAAGCUAAGAAAAUCAAGGAAGCUGUGAGAAUAUUUAAGAAGGCUUUGGAAAUGUUUUCAAGUUCUGACAAAGGACCGAAUGCCACCACUGUUUUUGCAGAGUGUCUGUAUAACCUGGGUCUUUGCUACAUGGAGGAAGGCAACCUACAAAUGGCUUUUGACUCUUUUACCAAAGCUGUGAAAGCAAAUCCUGACUUUGCAGAAGCCUUUUAUCAUCGGGGACUUUGUAAAGUAAAACUCAACAAGGAUAACUCAAUCCUGGACUUUAAUCGGGCAAUUACCCUCAACCCCAAACAUUACCAGGCAUAUUUAAGCCGAGUAGCCUAUUAUGGUUUAAAGGGCAGAUACUCCAAAGCAAUCCUGAAUUGUAACGAAGCCAUCAGACUUUAUCCUGAGAGUGUGCGUGCCUACAUCUGCAGGGGAGUUCUGAAAUACUACAACAGAAGUUACAAACUAGCUAUUACAGAUUUAACUACAGCUGUCAACAUGGACAAGAACAGUUACACAGCAUUUUAUAAUAGAGCACUGUGUUACACCAAGAUAAAGGAACUUGAGAUGGCUUUGAGAGAUUAUGGAAUUGUGCUGCUUCUUGAUGCGGGAGAAGGGAUAGCAUUAAAUACCUUUAUUAACCGUGGACUCAUCUACACCCAACUACAGCAGUAUGGCUUUGCAUUAGAGGAUUUUAAACAAGCUGCGCUAAUAAGCCAGACUAGCGUGAGCCUUUUUCAAGCAACCGCCAUGUGCCACCACAGAAUUAAAGAGUUUGAAGGUGCUGUUGACUUCUUCACCAGGGCUGUUAAAAUUAACACAUGUUUUCUGGAUGCUUAUAUUGGACGGGGGAAUUCUUACAUGGAGUAUGGACAAGAUGAUGCCCUUAAACAAGCACAGAAGGACUUCCUGAAAGCACUGCAUAUUGACCCAUCAUGUUUAAAGGCGAGGAUUAGUCUAUGCUAUAAUUUGCAGGCCCAAGGAAAAUUCCAGAAAGCUUGGAAUCAUUUUACAAUUGCAAUAGAAGCUGAGCCAAAGAGCUAUCUAGCCUAUGAAGGACGAGCUGUCAUUUGUCUUCAAAUGAGUAAUAAUUUUGCUGCAAUGCAGGAUAUUAACGCUGCCAUCAAGAUCAAUACUACAGCAGAAUUCUUGACAAAUCGUGGUGUGAUUCAUGAGUUUAUGGGUCAACAGCAGAACGCGAUGACAGACUAUCAGGCAGCAAUUUCUCUGGACCCCAAGUACUCGCUGGCUUACUUCAAUGCUGGGAAUAUCUACUUUCGUCACCGGCAGUUUUCUCAGGCCAGUGACUACUUUUCAAAGGCUUUGGAAUUUAAUCCAGAAAAUGAGUAUGCUCUCAUGAAUCGAGCUGUUACGAACACAAUAUUAAAGAAAUAUGAAGAAGCAGAAAAAGAUUUUUCAUGUGCAGUUGAUCUCUGUCCCCACUGGGCUGCAUUGUAUUUUAACAGAGCCAAUUUCCAUUUCUGCUUAAAGCAAUAUGAACUAGCUGAACAAGAUCUUAGCAUAGCCCUGUCUUUGAAGCCCAAUGAAGCUGUAAUGUAUAAUCUCAGAUCACAAGUUCGUGGCAAAAUAGGACUGAUAGAGGAAGCUAUGAGCGACUAUAACAGAGCCCUCGAUCUGGAAGAAUGUCCCCCAGCUAUGUGA